CAAAGGCUCAAUCGACAUCCUGUAGUGGUCUGCGGUUGAACAACUGACUCGUGACAUCAGUUUUACAUUGUAUCGUUGCUCCAUUGCAUGCCUUGUUUUAUCGUCGGAUCUGUGUUACACUGCUCAGAUAUACAGUUACAUGUACAAGAGCCUGAUUUAGCAGCAUUUGAUUUGAGUUGAGGAGUGAUACGGAAAUCGUCUGUGGGAUGCGUGGAUAGAAUCUUCCAUCGCGGCGCAGUUCGAGAAUUUUGCAUCGUUCAGUGUGGCCGAAUUUCAGUUUGUUUACACUCUCUACAUAAGUUACAUGCGCGAUCGACCGAGGUUUAUCGCAUCCUUGAUGACAAAGUGACGGCUUAGCCGCGCAGAGCGGGGAAAAUUUCAGCUUUUACCAUAAUGUGUGGCCAGUCGGGAUUGAAUUGACCUCAAAGUAUGGCUAAACAAUGACUUUAUCGUUCACCCAGGUGGAACAGUGGCUCGAUGACCAUCCAGAACAUGCUGAGGAAUAUUUUGUGCGUAAGGGAACCGCGCGAAUGGUUCAACUAUGGAAUGAAGCGAGAGAAGAGUGUGCCGAUCUCUUCGACACAAAUGUUGAGCUUAUUGAGAACUGCAGUAGAAGAAAAAUCGGAGAGAAGAAUUUUCGUUUCAACGAUACAGUGGAUAUUAUAAAUGCGAGCGAGGAAGGGGAAAGUGAAGCUGGUCAACCAACAUCUCGGUCAUCACCUUUAACGCGCAGGUACUCCGAACCUCAGCGUCAGGGGAAUCCGAAGCGGCAACUUGGUUUGGGUUAUGGAGGCAAAUUGUUUUUUACAAAACCAGUAUCUUCCAGUGUUGUUGAUUCUCUAGAUCUGAGUACUUGUGAAAUUCGGGAGGAAAAAACGAAACGAGUGAGAAGUCCCCCUUCACGACAGCUUCGGAAAACGAAGUCGCUGCCGAAUUGUGGACAACAGCAUGUAUUGGGGGCACUAAUUGAGUCAAAAAUUCGUCUACCAUCUCCAAUCGGCCUGAACGCUGAGACAAAGCUAGAUUUGAAGAAUAACAAUGAACGGCAAUUCUUCUUCGAGAUUGUACGGGACAUAGCGAACGAUCUGGACCUGACGACUCUGAGUUAUAAAAUAUUAGUCAAUGUUGGGAUUCUAACAAACGCUGAUCGGUGUUCAUUGUUUCUUGUGGAGGGACCAAAAGGUAAACAGUCACUGGUUUCAAAGGUUUUUGAUGUGCAAGUUGGAGGGCCGAACUCGACAUCUAUUAAGGAUUUCAUAGACCAGCAGAAGGAAAUUCGAGUGCCUUGGGGCAAAGGACUGGUGGGGUACGCGGCAGAAACUGGAGAAACAGUUAACAUCCCCGAUGCAUAUGCGGAUCCACGCUUCAACAAGGAGGUUGAUCGCCAGACAGGCUACCAUACCAAGAGCUUGUUUUGUAAGCCAGUAAAGAACAAUGAAGGAGAGGUGGUGGGUGUCGCUCAGAUAAUCAACAAAAUGCCUGGACCUGUACCAUUUACGCAAGAAGAUGAAGAGGUCUGUGAAAUGUAUCUGACAUUUUGUGGAAUUGGUAUUACCAAUGCAAAGCUGUUUGAGCUAUCUGUAAAGGAAUUCAACAGAAAUAGGGCAUUGCUAGAGCUAGUUCAUGACAUCUUUGAAGAUCAGACCUCACUGGACAAGGUAGUGCAUAAAAUUAUGAGGCGUGCUUUGUCAAUGCUAAAAUGUGAACGAUGCUCGGUUCUCCUGUUGGUGCACCCAGUCCUUGGCAACAGUCUGGCAGAGGAAAGAUCACAGGAUUUACGAAUAACUAAAGUAUUCAAUCUCCGAGUGUCAGGAGGUCGCAACAGUAAUAGCACAAUUUAUAGCGAAGGAAGAGAUGAUGGGUCUUUUAGUACUAGAAUAGCCAAACUUGUCGCAUCCACUGGAAAGACUCUUAAUGUGCCUGAUGCUGCACAAGACCAGAGGUUGAAGAGAAUUAUUGCAAUGAGCUCGGACAAUGGUGUUGAUGCUCGUCGGCCGAUAUUGUGCAUGCCAAUCAGAAACAACAAGUUUGAAAUUAUUGGCGUUGCUCAGUUAAUCAGCAAACUGAACAACAAACCAUUUGAUGAGAGCGAUGAAACCUUAUUUGAGGCAUUCGCCAUUUUUUGUGGACUUGGGAUUCACAACACCAUGAUUUAUGACCAAAUGGCAAAGGCAAAAGCAAAGCAGCAAGUAGCAAUUGAGGUUCUUUCUUACCAUGCUGCUGCGAAGAGAGGUGAAAUUGAGAGAUUGAAGAACACACCAGUGUCUAAAGCUGAGGAAUUCAAGGUGGACAGUUUUCAGUUUGAUGACUUUUCGCUGGAGCCUGAUCAGAUGCUUCAAGCCUCACUUAGGAUGUUCAUUGAUUGUGGCUUCAUUGACGAAUUUCACAUAGACUAUGAGAUUUUAUGUAGGUGGUUGUUAACGGUUCGGAAGAAUUACAGAAAUGUGAUUUACCACAACUGGAGACACGCCUUUAAUGUAGCUCAGUCAAUGUUUUGUAUGCUCACGACUGGAGGAAUGAAUAAAUUUAUGAGCAAUCUGGAAUGUCUUGGAUUGAUUGUUGGGUGUCUGUGUCAUGACUUGGACCACAGAGGGACCAACAACGCCUUUCAGACUAAAACUGACUCGCCGUUAGCCAAGCUUUACACUACAUCUACUUUAGAGCAUCAUCAUUUCAACCAUGCUGUGAUUAUUCUUAGCACAGAGGGUCAUAACAUUUUCCAGAAACUAAACGCAGACGAAUACAGACAAGUUAUAAGUUAUAUAAAACACUCGAUCCUGUCGACGGAUUUAGCCGUCAACUUCAGGCAGCGGUCAAUCCUCUUUCCUCUGGUUGAAAGAGGAGAACUGGAUCCCAAAAUUCCAGAUCACCGAGACAUGCUUAAGGCAAUGAUGAUGACUGCUUGUGAUCUCAAUGGCACCACAAAGCCAUGGGAAAUACAGAAAGAGGUUGUCCACCUUGUGACAAGCGAGUUCUUUCAACAAGGGGAUCUGGAGCGAAACACGCUAAAGAUGGAACCCUCAGCCCUCAUGGACAGGCAGAAGGUCGAUGAACUACCCGCACUCCAAGUACAGUUUUUCGAAACGACAGGAAUUCCGGUCUUCAAGUGCUUGGCUACGUUCAACCCAAAUAUUCGACCUCUCCUUGAUGGCGCAGAAUCCAACAAGAACCGCUGGUGUGAGUUGGAGAAAGAACGGCAGGCGCGCCAAAAGGAGGAAGAGAACAAACACCAACCAAUCACGUGACACUGCUGCGUACUUGCAUCUUCUAUCCAUCGUAUUCGUUACUGUGCCGGUGAAUGGUCGGAAUCAAUCGGAACGCAAUCGGAAUUCAAUCGGCUCAUCUUUUAAAGCGGUCAAUUGCUUCAAGGUGUAGUGGGGAAUUCGCCACUGAUUGGUCCAGUGGCCUCCGGCAGCCAUGUUUUCUUUUGCAAGAUGUCUGAUUUUAAGUCCCAUCUCGAUAUUAUGUCGCUUCGAAGACUUGAUAACCACAAUAAAUUACUAUUCUUAUUA